AUGGCUCGUAGGCAGAGUGAUUGCCUCACUAAGUAUUUAUUAAAUACUUACGCAACUCCAUUCCAAUGUGUUGCAGUUGCUCAUGUUCGGGUCCAUGCAGUGAGAUGGACGGAGCUCCUAGAGGUCGUGGCGCGAGAGGGCGCGGUGCUAGAGGUCGUGAGUUGGCCGUGGCGGCAGAGCUGGUGGAGGCCGAGCAGGCCGAGGUCGUGGUCGUGGACUUCCGGAGGAGUCGGGAGAGAGUGCGGCACCGAGUGUGCAUACUGCGUCGGUGACCCAGUCAGUGAUGCCAGUGCGAGUGUUGGUUUGGGAGCGGGGGCUGCUCCGGGUGGGGGUGGCGCUCCGGCUCCGGGUCAUGAUGACUUAGUGGUGGGGUUGCUGACGCAGCUGUUGGCUCGUUUUCCGCCGGUGGUUCCACAGGGGGCUCCAGGAGUACCGCCAGUGGCAGAGGUGCAGCAUGUUGCUGCAGGCGUUGCGCAGCCGGAGGCUGUGGAUGCGGGUGUGACCAGUUAUUUGGAGUUUAUGGGCCACAUGCAGAAGAUUGGUACGCCUUUCUUCGAGGGUAGAGUUGGUCCAGAGGAGGCAGACGCGUGGCGUCAGAGAGUGGAGCGGAACUUUCAUUCGAUCCGUUGUCCGAUAGAGUACUGGGUGGAGUUAGCGGUCCACUAUUUGAGUGGCGAUGCUCAUUUGUGGUGGCAGGCCGCGGUGGGCCGGAGGGCAUUUUGGACUUGGGGCGACUUCCUUGUGGAGUUCAACGCCAAGUAUUUCCCGAGGCAGGCUCGUGAUCGUCUUCAGAUGCGGUUUAUGGGCAUUGAGCAGGGUUCGCGUUCUGUACGCGAGUAUGAUGAGGAGUUCAGCCGUCUGUUAGUGCAUGCGGGCUUUGGUAUGGAGGUCUGA